CCAUACAAACUAGGCGGGACAGAGGACGAUUUGAACUCUUCCCUUGGCCAAACACCAAGUAACUCCACCUUCUAUUCAAGAGAAAUGUGCUGUUUAUAUGAGAAAUCAGCUCUCCAGAGCACACUCGCUCACUCAACUUCUGUCUGCUGAGAUAGAGAGGACAUCUGUGCACCUGGACUCACACAUAAUUCAGACAUGCCUUCGGUGGGACUGGAGAUACUUGGAGUGGCUCUGGCUGUCCUGGGUUGGAUCUCAGCCAUUGUAUCCUGUGCCUUGCCCAUGUGGAGAGUGUCAGCUUUUAUUGGAGUGAACAUAGUCACAGCCCAGAUGACAUGGGAGGGCAUUUGGAUGAACUGCGUGGUCCAGAGCACAGGUCAGAUGCAAUGUAAAAUCCACGACUCCAUGCUGGCUCUGAGUGCCGACCUCCAGGCGGCCCGUGCCCUCACUAUCAUCUCCAUCGUGGUGGGCAUCAUGGGACUCCUGGUGGCCAUUAUGGGGGCGAAGUGCACCAACUGUGUGGACGAAGAGACAGCUAAGGCUCGGGUGAUGAUAGCUGCCGGGGCGGCCUUCAUCUUGGCUUCUCUGACCCAGCUGAUCCCUGUGUCAUGGUCUGCCCAUACCAUCAUCAUGGAGUUCUACAAUCCAAUCAUACCUGAGUCACAGAAGAGGGAGAUAGGAGCAGCUUUAUACCUGGGAUGGGCUGCAGCUGCAUUUCUGCUCCUUGGAGGGGGCAUCUUGUGCUCGAGUUGCCCCCCACAACCUGAGAAAAGGUACGGGCCUCCAUCAAAGAUGAUGUACUCGCAACCUCGGUCAAUCACCCCAAGUGGCUACAACAGGAGAGACUAUGUCUGAACUUGCACCUGCUUAUUUCCCAUACCUUUGCCAUCAUGGCAUAGACUGCUCAAAGAGAACUGGAGAGUUACAGUUAUUUUUUUAAUAACUUAUAAACAUCUGUCUUCAUGUUGAGACAGAGAAAACACUGAAAUUCACACACCCUUUUGAAGAGAGCUUACAUCAAACUUGAUUUAAUUAAUUUUUUUGUGUAAUAUCUUGUCACUGUUGGAAGUACUGAGGCUAACAGCUGAUUAUUAGUGAUGUUGUGUGCUCUUUAUUUUAUAAUUAAUUGUAUAUUUUGUUGCAAAUUUAAGAACAAGUGAUUCUGCAGUUGUACUUUUUACUGUAUUCACUGUGUCUUUGUUUUCAUAAAAGAACCAGAUUUGAUUGAGAUGUUUAAGGUAGCGUGCCACAUGAAGCAACAUCAUGCAUUUUUGUUAUCUAUGCAUUUUGGAAAUCGGUUCAUCUGAAAUGUUUUAAUGUUUGACGUGUUUUCUUUUUUAAUAAAAAGCCUCAAAGAUUUUGAUUGAA